AAAACAAAAGAAGGAAAAAUUAUUAGGAUGGUUUACUUAAUAACCAUCCUAAUAACUGGUUCUUAGGCUAACCUAAGAACCAGUUAUUAGGUUUACUGAUAAACCUAAUAACUAUAACCUAAAAGUCUGAUCAGUUGUAAAAGUGGAGAAAUCCAAAGUUUCAGGGAAAACAUUUUUUAACUCUGCUGCUGCUAAAACAUCAUCUGCCGAGUAUGCAGAACGUAUCCACAUGUAGGAUUCAGGCUUUCAGAGAGAAAAAGUGAGACAUUUGUAACCACUGAGACAUGAGAAACAGAUUUUGAGAAAUAAUGAAAUAGUAGUGGGAUCGUCUCACUUAUGACUGUUGCAGAACUUUGACAAAAAGGAUCUUAUUCUUAGUUUUUUUAAAAGCCUAACAGUUGUUUAAAAGUGAAUGUUUUCAAGUGCUUGUAAAUUUAAGAUCAAUUGAUAUAAAACAUUAGUACGUACAUUUUUAAGCCCCUGCAAAAAGUAUUCUCUACAAUUUUAAAAUACUUUAAUACAUAUAUACAUUUUAAGGCAUACAUACAUUUUGCAUUUAGGAUAAAAAAACAACCUUAUUUGUCUGUAAAUCUCUUUUACCCAGAAUUCCUCAGGUGGCAGAGCUUUUGCUCGACCUUGGUUCAAAUUCUGCAACAAGAAAAUCUCCUAUUAUGAACCUUUUGCUAUUCAAUCUUUUAUCUGAUAAUUCCAAAUAUAACCAACAGCUUAGCCCUACUCUGUAUUGAUGUUAAGUCCAGCAGAAAGUGCGGGAGCUUUUCACAUGUUGAUGUCAGACAGAUUUAUUUUUUUUAGCUGCAGAUGCGUCCUUUGCUACAAAUGAUGACGCAGUCACUAAAGGACUGCUGUUCAUGCAUUUAUGGCAGUAAAAUGUUCAUUUUCUUAUUUAAAAAAUGAAUUAUUUGUUUAUUUGAAUCUUAUAAAAUAUACUUCUAAAAUUGUAUAAUCCAAUUAAUUGUCAGAAUAAGCAAAUAGUAAAAUAAUGGGUAGUCCCAGCUCCAAUUUUUUUUUGACACAAACAUUCAUGAAAAUGUUGAAAUAAAACAAAAAAAAGGAGUUUAGUUUUGAAAAAAAAAAGAAAAAGCAAAAGCAAUAUUGAAAGUUUUUGUCAAGCAGUAACUCCUCCGAUGGGUGUCAACAGUCCCCAUAACAGGCCCCAAAUGCAGCCAGAGGUAUCAGAUCGGUCUGGGCCGCAACGGCAAAGUUAGGUCAGAAUGACUCAGUACCAAACACAGAAGGAGAAGGAGAAGUAGCUGAUGAGAACACCAAACACAGGGAAGAGGAAGUUGAUGUUGACAUUUCUUUUUAGAUUUACUUUUUACUAUGAUAAACCAGAAUAACUAGAAUCAAACCAAUGGAAGUCUUGAAGAAGACUCUCUAAGCAGUCAGUCAGCAAUCCUCCACCAUGGGCGAGGACCAAAGCAGAGAUAAGAGAGAUACAAUUAUUAAGAUUUACAGAAAUGAAUUCUACACUGCCGUUCUGGAUGAAGAUGUCAGAGGAAUAGAAGACAUGGUAAAGAAGUAUGGGGGCAACAGUCAGAUAGAGAUACAGGACGGUUCAUCAGGAGGAGUGUUCUGGAAGGGCUUUGCCAUCCUUCCCCUCCACCUGGCUGCUACGUACAGAAGAGUCCACAGCCUGCAGAGUUUGCUGUCAGCUGGAGCCGAAGCUCAAGUCAAGGACAAGCUGGGUCGGACGUCGCUACAUUUGGUCAUCAUCAACUGGCCGAUCACCAUGACGACCCAGACAAAACCUUCCUCCAAGUUCUGGACCACUGUGGUGAGAGCAAGCAGGCAGGCUGAAGCCUGUUUACGGCUGCUCUGUGAGCACGGAGCUGACGUCAACGCGCAGAUGGAUGAUCAGAGUCAUCAGACGCCUCUCCAUCUGUCAGUGCGUUACAGAGCACUGUCUGCUGCGCGGCUGCUGAUCAGCUGUGGCGCCAACGUGAACGCAGUGGACAGUAGUGGAAUGACACCUCUGCACAUGGCAGCAUCAAUCCUCCAUCAGGACAUAGCCUCUAGUUUAAUCAGCCACGGAGCUCACGUCAACAUGAGGAUGCAUCACUCUGGGAACACUCCUCUGCACCUCGCUGCAGUUGCAGUGAUGACAAAAACAACCAAAGUCCUGGAUGAAGACGUGAGCUGCGUCUAUGAGCUGCUGGAGCGCGGAGCGAAGCCAAACAUUGUAAACGAGGCCGGCAUGUCGCCAUUCCACCAAGUGUGCAGCCUGGGGAACGAGCAGCUGGUGGACCUGCUGCUGAGAUACGCAGCUGGUGUCAACAAGCCGAGCGCAGCAGGGGAGAGCUGUCUGUUCCUGUUCCUGAACCACACGCCUAACAUGAGGAACGGCUCCCUGCUGAUCAAACUCCUCACCCUGAGCACCCCGCUCACAGUCUGCAGCCACGACGGCCGCUUACCCUCCACCUUAACUCAGCCACGCUUCUUUAAACAGAGAGAGCAACUGAUCCAACUAACCCAGCAGCAAAAGACACUUCGGGAUAUUUGCAAAAGUAAUAUUUAUCUGAAACACAUCAGAGGAAGAAAGGAGGAGCUGAGAAAAGUUAUUCCUGAAAGCUUGUACAACUUUGUCUUCAACCAGUGGAAGAUCCAAAACCUUUCGUUUGUGACAGAGAGUGAAGAGGCGGCAGGGCAAUGUGCAUGUACCUGAGCUACAAGAUUUGAACCAUUCAGCUGAGAUGAGAUUUAAUGCCUUGCUAAAGUAUUCCUUCACCGUAAAGAUUUUCACUGCCUGUCACAUUAAAAACACAAACUUCCUUGAAUUUUAUGCUGAGCAGUAUAUAACUAAACUGGAGGACAAAUUAUACUUUUUUUCCCUCAAAUAAAAUAUCUAAACACAGAGGUGUGUUUCUAUUGAACCUGUUACUCUAACACAGGGAACUGCAGACUUUACAAACCAAAGAGCCACUUUUCCCCUCAGAUAAACAAAAUCUACUUAGAGCCAAAAUAUGUUACAUAACCUUCUCUGAAAGGCAAACUUAAAUGCUUUAAUAAAUAUUAAUCAUAGGAAAUGUGUGGUCGUUCUUAAAGAACCCUGAUUUUGUUUCUGUUUUUUUGGCUUCAAGACAAAAAAAACCAAAACAUUUACAAAAAAAGACUGAUGCAUUAUUAUUCUACGGGAAGACAAUGUUGCGGAAAAUUAUGUAAUACAUAAAAAAAGACUGUUUCUAAGGUAAUAAUGAAAAAUAAAUAAUAUUACUGACGGUUGUGUCAUUUUGUUGUGAAACUUCAAGGCAGAAUUGAUUAAAUACUGAAAAACUGUUAAAAAUUUUACAGUUGUUACAUCUAUACUAAAUUAAAACAUUUGGUUAGCGAAAUUUGUAAGAGCCAUUGUGGAUGUUACAAAGAGCUACUUUCAGCUCACAAGCCGCAGGUUGCAGACCUGUGCCCUAAUGCAAAUAUUAAGACUCCAGUGUAACCACUUACCUUCUUUAAAAAAAACAGAGUACCUCAAAGAGACUACUGGCAAGUAAAUGGUUGUUCUCUUGGGGAGGUAACUCACUUUGUCAGAACAAGCAGUUCCUCUCCAGUUGGUGGCAGCAGUGAUGUGUUCUCAGUUAGGUGUAUAUCUAUUCAAAACUAAACGUCUCACGGAGCUCUGAGAAACGCAUCAGCCACAACAGGAAUGAGUCAGACUUGGAGUCAGUCAAGAGACCAGUGGUACCUCUGGAUGAGUUGCAGAGAUGCACAGCUCAGGUGGGAGAAUGUGUCAACAGGAUAUAUAGAAGUUAAUUCCGAUAAUGUCACAAUCUCUGCACCCCACAAGAAGUGUAACUGUAACUAAACAGGCAAACAUACAUACAUGUACAGUAUGUAUGCCUACAUAUACAGAUGCAUAGAUUCAUACCAGUAUUAAUGUGGAUUUGCUCAAAGCAAUGGUUGUGACAUGUCUGGAAUGAAUCAAUAAAAUCAAAAUCAAUCAAUAAAUAAUUGCAAAAGGUGGUUCAACAGAGUAUUGACUAAUAGAGGAGCUGUAGAGAAAUCCUAACUCUUAACAGGUCCAUAAAACAACCAUCAUUCUCCUUCCACCUCACAACUGUGCAAAGCUUUGUGUUGGUCUAUCUCAUAACGUUGCAUUAAAAAAGUACUUCAUUUAAAAUCUGUGGCUGUAGUGUGGCAAAAUGUGGAGAAAUUUUAAAAAGUUGUCCACACAUUUGUGGACAAUUUCCAGAUUUGCUUUUGCAAAACAAUUAAAGCUGUAGAAACCUAAAUGAAUAAGAUGAGAAAUACAAUCUA